AUGGCACCUGAAAACUAUACACUGAGCGAUGUGCUGGCCGUUGCCAAGUCUCACCCUUUUUAUGACCAAGAUAUUCAGUAUCCGCCCGACUCGGAGACGAUCGAGAAACUUCGGGAACAGUCGAGGGAGCAGCCAGAGAGUGAUGGCCUGAAAUUGCAACCAUUGCUUCGAAAAAAAGACCUCUACACAACGAUUGAGCGUCUCGUGAAUGACCCGAGUCCCCAAAACACGUACCGCCACAGCAUCUAUGCGAGCAUCACGGGGGGCGGGUUCGGAUCCAAACCCUUGUUCUUUGCCACAGACGUCCAUGAGAACCGUAGACAUAGGGCCCAGUUUGGUGAGCUUCUCCGAGCUACCGGAGUGGUCAAGCAUGGAGACUGGAUCCUCACGACUCACUGCGCCGGUGAGCUUUACAGGUACUCGCGACCACCAGUCGAGCCGAGUGCGCGAUUUGCUGACCAGCAAACUAGAUCCCUAGACCUCAUGUUGGAGAUUCUGGAGAACGCCGGCGCCUCCGUCCUCAGCGCCGGAAACCACAUGCCCCCAGAAGAAGUGAUUCAUCUCCUGAUCAAGUAUCACAUCAACGUCCUGGCCGGAGACAGCAGCCAGGUAGCCCAGCUUAUCCACAGGAUAUCGGGCCUUGCGCCGGAAUCUCGGGCCCUGCUGAGGCUAGACAAGAUAAUCUACACCUCGGAAGUACUCACCGCCGCUCAGCGGGCACACAUCAAGACUGUUCUCGGCAACCAUGUCAAAAUCUGCUCCAUCAUGGGCAGCGCCGAGGCAGGGCCCUGGGCGCUCAGCAACCCAGACCUCACAGGACAAGAAGCGCACACAAGCCAAGCAGACUUCAUCUUUGACACUCGCGCCAUGCUGCUCGAGGUCCUUUCCCCGUCAUCCCAGCAAGGCGAAGGCGGCUCUGAUCCCGCGCCCGUGCCAGAGGGCCACGAGGGCAUCGUCGUGCAAACGUCCCUGUCGCGGCUGCGCAAUCCCCUCGUGCGCUACGACACGGGCGACAUUGGAUCUCUUCACCCGCUUCCUGCGCAGGCUCGGGGCCUGGUUCCCGAGGAGUAUUGGCCGUUUUUGCGCGUUCUGCGCUUCCAGGGCCGCGACCGGCGCUUCAGCUUCGACUGGGACGGCGAGUACCUCGACUUUGUUGACCUGACGGCCUUGCUGAAUGCCGAGGCGUGCGGCGUCCUGCAGUGGCAGGUCAUCCUGGACAAGCUGGAGCCGUCUUUGGAGUCGUCCCUUGAGAUUCGGCUGCUGCGGUCCCCGCCAAAUGUUAAGCUCUUGCCGGAGCAGGAGCUUGCUGAGCGAAUUAGGACCUUUGUGCAUGCGUAUUCUGCGAAUGAGCAUCGCUUUCGGCUUGUUUUUGUGGAUGGUCUGGAUGGCUUCGAGCGGAGUUCUACGGGAAGAAAGGUUAUCAAGUUUAUAGAUCGCUAUAAUUAG